AUGGCGCAAAAGAUCCUUCAGGCAGGAUUGUCCUCUGGGAUGUCAGCGGUCUCGGGGUUUCAUUCCUCGAAACCAGAGUCCCUUCCAGAGGACUACGAUGGACUACAGCACGUUAUUGCCGACUCUGUUGUACCCCAACUGGACACUAGAUAUACGCUCCGCGGCAAAGACGGGAAGGAUGUCCAGGUGCCAGUAAUAUGUUGGGGAGCAUGGCCUUGGGGUGACUCCAGCACUUUCCACUGGUCAGACGACGAGCUGCCCGCUCUCCGAGCGGCAUGGAAAAAGUGUCUGGAGAAAGGAAUGACGUUUGUGGACACGGCGCAAGUGUACGGGAGCGGGCGAAGUGAGGAGAUCCUCGGGGAUUUGAUCAACAACCACAGCCCCGGUGUCGACCGCUCGUCCAUCAUCGUGCAGACCAAGUGGCUGCCAAACAUCACCGACUCGGGGACCAAUAUCAUCCACCCCGUCGAGGCACCUGUCAAGGAACUUCGCAAUACCUUGAAACGCAUGAACCUGACGUAUAUCGACUGCUAUCUUGUGCAUGGUCCUAUCCAUAUCAGCUCUAUCAAGCAGGCUGCCAAGGGUCUCGCACAAUGCGUCGAGGAAGGAUUGACCAAGACUGUGGGCGUCGCCAACUACUCGGUCGAAGACAUGUUGAAAAUGAAGGAUGCUUUGGCCGAGUAUGGUAUCCCCCUUGCCACCAACCAGUGCGAGUACUCGAUUCUGCGGCGACUCCCCGAGACCGAGGGCAUGCUUGAGGCUUGCAAGAAGAAUGGCAUCGUCUUCCAGUCAUACUCGUCCAUCGGCCAGGGCCGUCUGUCAGGGAAAUACUCCAAAGAGAACCCGCCGCCGAAAGAAUACCGGUUUAGCAGUUAUGACAUGGAACAUGUCGAGCCUCUGCUCGAAGUCCAACGUCGUCUGGCCAAGAAGUACAAUGUCAGCGUGGCCGCCGUGGCGCUGAACUGGAACAUUUGCAAGGGAGCGAUCCCUGUGGUCGGUAUCCGGAAGGAAAGUCAGGUUGUCGACAACAUGCAGGCUUUGGGAUGGCGGUUGACUAGGGAAGAAAUUGAGGAGCUGGACAAGCACGGUUUUAAGGGCAACACAACUAUGCUGUGGCAGCAAGGAUAG